CCCAGGCUGCCCGCUGCUCCCGGACGCAGAGUGAACGUGCUGGCGGCUGCGGCGGCUCCGGAACCAUUCGCUCCCGUCCCCCGCCAGCCUCUUAGGAGCCUCCAGAGCGAUGAGCGACGGGGACAGGAACCCGGCCGCCGCCCCCAGGCCGCUGGCCGAUGUGCAGGGGGAUGGGCGCUGGCUGGCGCUGCACCAUCGCUUCAUCGCGGACAGCAAGGACAAGGAGCCUGAGGUCGUGUUCAUCGGGGACGCCCUGGUGCAGCUGCUCCAGCAGUUUGAGAUCUGGCGUGAGCUCUUCUCCCCGCUGCACGCGCUCAACUUCGGCCUGGGGGGCGAUGGGACUCAGCACGUGCUCUGGCGGCUGCAGCAGGGCGAGAUGCAGCACAUCUGGCCCAAGAUCGUGGUCGUCUGGGUGGGCACCAAUAACCACGGGCACACGGCCGAGCAGGUGGCCGGCGGCAUCGAGGCCAUUGUCCGGCUCCUGCAGGAGCAGCAGCCGCAGGCACGCGUGGUGGUGCUGGGCCUGCUGCCCCGCGGCCAGGGCCCCAACCCGCUGCGGGAGAGGAACCGGCGGGUGAACGAGCUGCUGCAGGCCCGGCUGCCGCGGCUGCCCAACGCCUGCUUCCUGGACGCCGACCCCGGCUUCGUGCACUCGGACGGCGCCAUCAGCCACCACGACAUGUACGACUACCUGCACCUCACCCGGCACGGCUACGCCCGCCUGUGCCCGCGGCUGCACGCGCUGCUGCUGCGCCUGCUGGGGGAGUGCCAGGGGGCCGGGCCCUGAGCCACCAUCUCCUACCCACCCACACCCCCGGCUCCCGGACAUGCGACUGCCCAGGGCCCCUUGCACCCGCAUGGGCAUUAAACACUGAUUUGCCAUCUGGA